AAAUUAUUAGAAAUUUAGCAUGUCAUUUGCAUAGAUCACAAUUAUUUUGUAAAAACUAUGUCGACCACUAAUUGUUGCAUCAAGUCUGAAACUAUUUAUCUCACGCUAAAUUGUUUUCGAGAUAAUGACAGCUAGACAGGGCAGAGAGUAUAUAAAUGGACCUGAUCUUUAAAAUUUUCCAGUAUUUUCUCGAGACUUUGGCAGUAAUCAUCAUCCCAGAGAAAUGGAAAGAUUUGUGAUAGUUUUAUCAGCGUUAAUUGUACUUUUCCACAAGGCAUAUGCUGAAUUUCCUCCGGGCAUUCAAAAAUGUCGAUAUGGUGAUUCCAAAUGUCUUCGCGAGACUGCAUCGCAUAUUAUUAAAAAUUUUCCUGGUGGAAUUAAAGAAAUGAACAUACAAUCCAUCGAUCCAUUGUUUUAUGACAAAAUCGACGUGAAAAAGACAACGAAGGGAGUUCUAAAUAUUCAACUAAACCUCAUUGAUAUUGACGUGUACGGAUUUUCUAAUGCUAACAUACUCGAAAUUGAAGGUUUCACGGAAAACCCAACGAAUCUCUACAUUCACUACACAUUGGAUAAAGUUAAAGUAAUUGGAGAUUACAAGAUGCGUGCCCAAAUUCUCCUCUUUCCGAUGGAAGGCGAAGGAAAGUGUAACUAUACAAUGCUCGAUUGGGAUUUCAAAUGGAAUGCCACAGUGAAAUUGAUUGAAAAAGACAAUCAGAAGUACAUGAAGCUGCUGAAUCACAAAACACAAUUUACAACAUCCAGGAUGUACUUCCAUUUUGACAAUCUCUUUAACGGGGAUCAGGCUUUGGGUCAGAGUGCCAAUGAUUUCUUUAACCAAAAUUGGCAGCUAUUCUAUGACGAAAUGAAGCCCAUAAUGUUCAAGUUGAGUGGAAAGUUCUUCAGCAGCCUCGUAAUUGAGCCGUUCUCCAAGACACCCUACAAAGAUUUCUUCUUGGAAAACUGAAAAUCAACCACAAAACAAAGUGAUAAAAAGAGAAUAAACUGGUUUAGUGUGAUAAAUGUCUCCAAUUCCGUCAUGAAGUAAUUUCUUGAGGUCAUUAGAAAUUCUAACAACAAUAUUCAUCAGAGUAGUUCUUUGCUUAGCAUAUUAUUAUUUGUAUAUGUGUAUAUGGAAUUGUUAU